AUGAUAACAAGGAGAUGGUUCCAUCCCUCACUCAAUGGUAUAGAUGCAGAAAAGUUAUUAUUAGAUAAAGGCAGAGACGGCUACUUCCUUGCCAGGCCGAGUAUGAGCAAUAAAGGAGACUUCACGCUAUCUGUGAGAAGAGGGACGGAGAUAACGCACAUUAAGAUUCAGAAUAAUGGUGAAUUCCUCGAUCUUUAUGGUGGAGAGAAAUUUGCAACUUUGUCUGAACUCGUUCAAUUUUAUAUGGACAAUCAGGGUCAGUUACGUGAGAAGAAUGGAAAUAUAAUCAGACUUAAGACACCAUUAAACUGUGCCGACCCCACCACGGAACGUUGGUAUCACGGACAACUCACUGCCAAAGAAGCAGAGAGGAUGAUGUUAGAAAAUGGAAAAAAUGGAUCCUUUCUUGUAAGAGAAUCACAGAGACAACCUGGUGACUUUGUACUAUCAGUUCGGACGAGAGACAGAGUUACUCAUGUUAUACUACGACGACAGGAUAAUAAAUACGACGUGGGCGGAGGCCAGCAGUUCGAUGAUAUUGUCAGCCUCAUAGAACAUUACAGGAACUAUCCUAUGGUGGAGACCAAUGGAGAAGUCUUGCGGUUGAUCCAACCUUUCAACGCCACACGUAUACAAGUGCAACAUUUUCACACACGUGUGAAGCAACUCCAAAAGGAAAACGAGGGUCCCAUAGAAAGCAUGGCUUAUAAACAAGGAUUCUGGGAAGAAUUCGAAACGUUACAAAUGAUGGAGAAUCUACAACUAUUCGAUAGAAUGGAGGGUUCCAAACCAGAAAAUAUAAGGAAGAAUAGAUACAAGAAUAUUAUACCGUUCGAUCACACACGCGUAAUAUUAAAAGAUGUCCCGCCUGACGCUCCGCCAGGUGCGGACUAUAUCAACGCUAACUACAUCCGAUGUGACUUUAUCGACUCCAAUUCUGAAUCACACGAUGUGAACGGCUGUAGCGAGAAUAACAGCCCCAAUACUAAGGAUAUGGCCAAGACCAAAGACAAGUCGUCUCCAACGCACACGGGCGUCAUCAUCACUGAAGAGAAACCCAAAGAAACAAUGAAAGGUUACGGCAACGGAACACAUAAAACGAUACCGUCCUUCGAACCGUGCGUUCUGAGAACGAAUCCGAAUUACGUUAACACAACGAUACCGAAAAUGACGGAAAAGUUAGAUAAAUGCGAUCCUGACAAAGUUUACAACAAGAUAUACAUUGCGACUCAGGGUUGUCUUUCCACUACCAUCUAUCAGUUUUGGUCAAUGAUAUGGCAAGAAGAUGUGCGCAUUAUAAUAAUGACAACGAAGGAGAUUGAGCGCGGGAAAGUCAAGUGUGAACGCUACUGGCCCGAAUUAAACAAGACGGAAGUUAUCAAGAAGUACACUAUUUACAACGAAUCUGAAUCCUCGACCCAAGAUUACACUUUACGUCGUUUCCUGGUUACAAAGAAAGAAGAAACAAAGAAGAGGACGAUAUAUCAUUUCCACUUCACCGCCUGGCCGGAUCACGGGGUUCCGUCCGAGCCUGGUCGAGUUCUGAAUAUUCUUCUGGACGUGAACUACAGACUUCAGCAGAUAAUGACCAGCCCUGACCCGCCAAACCAGGCUGUGAUAUGCGUCCAUUGUUCCGCGGGGAUCGGGAGGACGGGCACCUUCAUAGUUAUUGAUAUGAUUCUGGAUCAAAUACGGAAGGAGGGUUUUAAUUUCGAAAUAGAUAUCCAUCGUACGGUACAAAUGGUCCGCGACCAACGCUCCGGUAUGGUCCAGAACGAGGCGCAAUACAAGUUUAUAUACAUGGCUCUCUUGGAGUUCAUCGAAACAGAAAAACAAAGGGCCGUGGGUCUCGUGCCAAUCCCGUCGCAGGACGCCACCCGCAUAUGA